GAACUCAGAAAUGAUAUAAAAUGUUAUGACAUCUAGGUUUAUGUCGGAAACUCCUACCAUAUCAUAUCGCUGUAGGUGGCUCUUGCAUCCCAGUAGCGCUGUAGCAGCAACUUGAACAACUAAUUCAAUCCGGUACUGACAUGUCGUGGAAGACACCAGGUGUGGUAUUGCUCAUCCGCUGGUUUUUCUCCUUCGUCGUUCCUGCUGUUGGUCUCUUCAUUGCUGUCUCACGUAUCUUUUCAUUCUACGACCCCUCUCUCCCGUUAUGGGCGAUAUUGGCUUUCUUCGUUGGUGGUACUCCGAUCGCGUUCGCCGUUCGCGUGGCUUGGACUCAGCGCUCCCGUCGUAGAAGAGCUAUGAUACUGGGCGCACGAGCAGUCCCGUGUGUUGAAGGGAAACGGAUUGGGAACAUAGACGUGUUAACAACGAUUAUGAAAAGAAGUGAGCAUGAUUAUAAUGGCCAGGUCAUGUAUGACUAUAUGGUCACAUACGGACCAACCAUCAACCUGAACUUACUAUGGGAGGAUAUCAUCAUGACAACGGAGCCAAAUCAUAUCAAGUCGAUCCUUGCUACUGAGUUCAACAACUACUGGAAAGGGGACAACUUCCGUGCAACAGCUCAAUCCGUCUUAGGCACUGGCGUAUUCAACUCUGAUGGUGAGUUUCACCGUGCCGUGACUCGUCCGUUCUUCAAUCACGAUAAGAUUAGCCAUUUUGAUAUAUUUGACCGGCAUACGGACAAAACAAUUUCCUUGAUGAAAGAGCGAUUCAAUCUCGGCCACGCUAUUGAUUUCCAGGAUGUAAUUUCGCGAUUUACUUUGGAUUCGGCCACUGAAUUUUUGUUCGGACACUGCGUCGACACACUUUUCGCUGCACUACCGUGUCCUUAUAAUGUUGACAAAGCAGAACUUCCCGACAACAGUUCCUCGGAGCGGUUCGCGCGCGCAUUUUUAGAGGCCCAACAUGGCAUCGCCAAGCGCUUGACAGUCGGCCAGACAUGGCCUCUGCUGGAAUUAUUUGGAGACAGAACGGCAGGGCCCAUGCAGAUUGUUAAUGAAUUUUUGGAGCCGAUCUUGAAGGAAGCUAUUCAAAAGCACCAAUCGUCUUCUGAUGCCGACAAAGACGUGUUUCAGGACGAAGAAACACUUCUGGGACAUCUUGUGCACCAGACCACAGACAUCAUUUUACUGAGAGAUGAAGUGCUCAACAUCCUUCUUGCUGGUCGAGACACGACUGCUUCGACCUUGACUUCUGCCAUCUAUUUGCUUGCAAUGCACCCGCAUGUUCUUACCCGUCUUCGGGAGGAGGUACUAGCGAAGAUUGGACCCAGCCGAAGGCCCACCUAUGACGAUAUUAGGGAUAUGAAGUAUAUUCGCGCAGUCCUGAAUGAAACAUUGAGACUUUUUCCUGCAGUUCCCGCCAAUGUGCGCGAAAGUAUCAAUGAUACUACGUUGUCUUCACCGAACCCUGGGGAAAAGCCACUAUUCAUUCCCGCCAAGACUACCGUUGCUUAUUCCGUCCUGCUCAUGCAUCGCAGGCCUGAUUUAUGGGGUCCAGACGCUGAUGAAUUUGACCCUGAUCGGUUCCUCGACGACCGGCUGAGGAAGUAUUUGAUACCCAACCCGUUUAUCUUCUUGCCAUUCAAUGCAGGACCACGUAUUUGUCUUGGCCAGCAAUUCGCGUACAACGAGAUGUCUUUCAUGCUCAUUCGUCUGCUGCAAAAUUUCUCAUCGAUCACACUUGAUCUUGAUGCUCAAUCUCCUGAAUGUCGCCCUCCCGCCGAAUGGGCUACAGCUGGCGGUCGAAAGGGCAUAGAGAAGUUCCGGCCCAAAGCCACUCUAACUUUGUACUCUGUGGGAGGAAUGUGGGUCAAGAUGGAGGAAGCAGAAAAUGCUUGAAGUUUUAUGGAAGGCAAGACCCACCGCCAUGAGUCGGCUGUUGGCCCCCGCUGGCUUAUCGUGCACAGCGAUCAGAAAUCACCUCUUUAAAGUAUUUUGAUAUUUAUACAAUCUGUAAUUGGUCCAAGAUUCAUACACCCCCCACUCAAUAUUCUCUAUAAUAAACAUUUGCGAAGG